UGGCUGUAGCGACUCUUGAGAGUUAUGCCAGUUCAUCCGAUAAUCCCGAUCUUCUAUUCAAGAGCUUAGCGACUCGAGCUCCCUUUUGCCCGAUUCACAGCACAUGCAGACCUCGGGACACUUGGUGAUACUCCUCACAUUAAGGAUGGCUUUGAUAUUCCUAUUGGGUGUCACCAAUUUUCGAUCUGCACUAUACUGCGGCGCAAAUUCCCCCGCAUCCUAAGGCAGAGAGCCCAUCCCCUCCCUUUUAAAUCCUCCGUGCCGCAGAGGCUUCCAUCAAGGAACCUAAUCAUCAAUAUAUCAAGCUCCACGGAUUUUAAUAUCAAAAAGAUGGCCGAAGCAACCCCAGCCUUCGUGCUCCAGUCUGCUCGGAAUGCCUCAUUUGAGAGCCGGAAGACUCCACAGCUUCGAGACGAGUACGAUGUGAAGAUACACGUAGAACAGACUGGAAUAUGUGGGAGCGACAUUCAUCUCUGGCAUGAGGGGCACCUCGGCGACUGGGGUGGCAACAGUCCUGUUGUACUCGGGCACGAGGGCGCAGGACGAGUUGUUGAAGUGGGUAAGAAAGUGAAGAAUGUCAAGGUCGGAGACCUGGUCGCAGUUGAACCGGGAGAGUCGUGUAGAAGAUGUGACUCCUGCCGGUCUGGUGCUUACAACCUGUGCACCCACACCUCCCUCGCAGGAGUACUUGGUCGGGAUGGUCUUCUUCAGAAAUAUUUUGUCACCGCCGGUGACUUAUGCUACCCGCUCCCAACCCACAUGAAUGCUGAGGAUGGCGCUCUUAUUGAGCCGACAGCCGUGGCGGUUGAGAUCUGCAGGGUCGCCGAGUUGAGACUCGGGCAGACUGUUCUGGUUUUUGGUUGCGGCCCCAUUGGAUUGCUGGCUCAGGCGGUGGCGAAAGCACAGGGAGCUAAGAAGGUUGUUGCAGUUGACAGCUCCGAAUCGCGCGCAGCAUGCGCGAAGUCGUUCGGGGCAGAUCAUGUAUUCAUCCCUGAGCGGCCAUCCGUGCCCCCCAGUAACCCCGUCGACGCAUCUCGAAAGCUAGCACAGCACAUUGUUGAUGAAUUUUCCCUUGGAGACGGCGCAGAUGUUGUCUUAGAGUGUACCGGAGCCGAGCCUUGUAUUCAAGCUGGAGUUUUUGCAACUCGACAAGGGGGGACAUUUGUUCAAGCAGGGCUAGGUAAAGAUAACGUCGUAUUCCCAAUUUCGUCGACUUGCCUAAGAGGCUUGAAAGUCAAGGGGUCUAUUUGUUAUACGACGGGGUGCUUCCCCGCCGCCAUAGAUCUACUUGCUUCCGGGAAGAUUGACGCUCGUAGUCUAAUCACUCACCGAUUCAAAUUCGAACAAGCGACAGAAGCUUACGAAUUAGCCGGGAAAAGCCUGCCGAAUACUAUGAAGAUUAUGAUUCAGGGGGUACUAUGAGGGAAUAGGGUACCUAGGGUAGGUACCUACCUUACAUGUCUUGGACUAGCAACCAGGAACACUUUCUUUAUAAUCAAUAGCAGCUACGUGAGGCUUUACAAAAGAACAUCGUGUAACUUGUGCAGCAAAAUUUUACCGCCGUAGACACCUAUCUACCUUAUGGCUAUAUCCGUUGCUCCCCAGAUUUUGUCAAUCAUAAAUCUGCUGUAUACCUAAGGUUGGUUAGAGGGAACUAAUACUAGCUAGGCAACUACCAGCCUAUAGAAUGAGGGACCAGGAGAAACAAGCAGCUUUUUAAAUAACACGCUAGAGUUCACUUCGUCUCCUCAUGAACUGAGUUUUAGAUCACACGCGAGAAUAUUCCCCCUUUAAAUAGGGACCAUGAAGUAAUCCACGGCCCAUUAAAAAAACCCACCUCAAUGAGGAGAAACCCCAAAUCAGUCAAACUAGUUCCACUAUGC